ACAAGGAUCUGUACAAGGAGGCCAUGAUGGAGGAGCACCAGCCUCUUAUAUCACAGGGGAAUUACAGUAAAAUGAUUAAGGGCAAAGCUAUAUUAUCACUAAAUUAUAAAGAAGAAGCUGAAGAUGUCCUGCAGCGCUCCUCGGGAAAAAACCUCAUUACAUUUAAUGUACACCCAGGACUUCAACGUACACUUCUAUUAUAUAAUCCCCCUUAUCAUGAGGAACCUUCCCCUAACCAAUUAAAGAUUGUUACCAAAAAUACUGGUCAGAAAGGGGAUAAAAGGUUUCAGGGUAGUAAAGAGUUUACAGAACAAUCAAGAGUUUCUACACACAGAAGAAUUAAUACAACACAGCAGGAAUAUGGGAAAUGCAUUACACGUAAAUCAGAUUGUGUUAAACAUGAGCUAAUUCACACAGGAGAGAAGCCAUAUUCAUGUUCAGAAUGUGGGAAAUGUUUUACAAAAAAAUCAUAUCUUGUUAAACAUAAGAGAAUUCACACAGGAGAAAAGCCAUAUUCAUGUUCAGAAUGUGGGAAAUGUUUUACAGAUAAAUCAAGUCUUGUUAUACAUGGGAGAAUUCACACAGGAGAGAAACCAUAUUCUUGUUCAGAAUGUGGAAAAUGUUUUAGAGUUAAACCCCAUCUUAUUAGACAUGGGAAAAGUCACACUGGAGAGAAACCAUAUUCAUGUUCAGAAUGUGGGAACUGUUUUACUCAUAAAUCAACACUUGUUAUACAUAUGAGAAUUCACACAGGAGAGAAGCCAUAUUCAUGUUCAGAAUGUGGGAAAUGUUUUAAAGAUAAAUCAAAUCUUGUUACACAUGAAAAAAGUCACAUAGGAGAGAAACCAUAUUUAUGUUCAAAAUGUGGGAAAUGUUUUACACAAAAAUCAUAUCUUGUGAAACAUGAAAUUAUUCACACAGGAGAGAAACCAUAUUCAUGUUCAGAAUGUAGGAAAUGUUAUAGAUGGAAAGCAGAUCUUAUUAUACAUGAAAGAAGUCACACUGGUGCAAAGCCAUAUUCAUGUUCAGAAUGUGAGAAAUGUUUCACAGAUAAAUCCAGUCUUGCUAAACACAAGAGAAUUCACACAAGAGAGAAGCAGUAUCCAUGUUUAGAAUGUGAGAAAUGUUUUACAACAAAAACCAGACUUAAUAUUCAUCAGAGAAGUCACACAGGAGAGAAGCCAUAUUCAUGUUCAGAAUGUGAGAAAUGUUUUAUUACUAAAACCAGACUUAAUAUUCAUCAGAGAAGUCACACAGGAGUAAAGCCAUAUUUAUGUUCAGAAUGUGGGAAAUGUUUCACAAAAAAAUCACACCUUGUUAGACAUGAGAGAAUUCACACAAGAGAGAAGCCAUUUUGAUGUUUUAUAUGUUGAAAAUGCUUUGUAAGAAGGAACUAAAAGUCAACAGAUCAGGAAAAACUACCGUAUAUUGUUUUUUAGAUAUGGGAAAUGCCAAAAGAGCAAAAAAAAGAAUUUUAAAGGGAACCUGUCACCUAUA